UAUCGACCAAUCUAUACAUGGUACAGUUAUAAAAAAACUUUAUUAUUUGACCUUAGUAGUCAUCAAAAAUAGAAUACUAUAAUAAUUAGUAAAGUGGUCAGUAAUAAUCUUGUUAAUUAAUUUUCAUUAUACACAGUAUAUAAAAGGAUAGUCUAUGUCUAAAAGAUUGUUAUAUCUACGAUAGACAGUCACAAAAUUCUCUCUGUUUCACUUAUCAUCUUCCACAAGCAAGGAGUGCAGAAUGAAACAGAUUUACACUGAUAAUUCAAUACUUCCUCCUGACUACCCAACGGUCGUCACAGAUCAACCAUCGUCAAAAGUAACAUUCAGUGAUAUACCAGUAACUUUACGUUGUCCGUCAUGUGGACUAAAUACUUUAACUACUUUGGAGUACAAAAAUGGUUUAUUAACUUACUUAGCUUGUGGUGGUAUAUUCCUAAUUGGUGGAGUUUUAGGUUGUUGCCUUAUACCAUGUUGCAUGGACAGUUGUAAAGAUGUGAAUCAUAUAUGUCCACAUUGUCGACGUGCCGUGGGAACCUACCACAGAUUGGGAAACUGAACGUUCAAUACGAUAAGAGAAACAAAGUCAAC